AUGGAAUAUGCAAAGGGGCUCACGUACUUGCACGAUGUUGCAAACCCUCCCGUAAUUUAUAGGGAUAUGAAGGCGGCAAACGUGUUGUUGGAUGAAAACUUCAACCCCAAGCUGUGUGGACACUACAAGAAGCUUGCCCCUGAAUAUGAAAAGCUUGGAUCGAGCUUUAAAAAGGCUAAAUCUGUUUUGAUUGGGAAGACAUUUGAUCAGAUUGUUCUUGAUGUAAAUAAAGAUGUUCUUGUUGAAUUCUAUGAUCCAUGGUAUGGAGUUAGUGGUUAUCCUACCUUGAAGUUUUUUCCCAAGGAAAACAAAGCUGGUGAAGAUUAUGAGGCUGAACGGGAGUUGGAUGAUUUUGUUAAAUUUAUUAAUGUGAAAUGUGGCACUAGCCGUGAUGCGAAUGGUCAACUUACUUUCCAGCUUCAAGAUAUCAAACUCUACACCUUCUAUAUGGAGCUAGAUUUGCAAAAGCCAUAUCCAACUCGAGGAAGUGACUUAUUGACAUGGGAGAGAACUUAUUGGUAACCAAGGACUUUGUGAAGAUAGCAAAUUUUGGCCUUGCUCGUGAAGUUCAUUCGAAGCCACCAUUCACAGAAUAGGUUUCAACACGCUAG